UCAGUAAACCGUUUAAUCCGACAAAAUUGCCACCUUUUCUCUGAUGGCCACUGUAAAGUGUGCAGUGCUGUUUUGAUUUCUGAGUCACAGAAGCUUGCACAUUACCAGAGCAAGAAACAUGCAAGUAAAUUUCGACGGUACUUGACCAUUCACCAAGGAGAGGGUAUUGCACCAGUAAAAAGAAGAGCUGAACGUGCUCUGGAUAUGGGUGAUGAGACUGAUAGGAACAAGUGCUGCCCAGUCUGCAACAUGACAUUUUCAUCUCCUGUGGUUGCUUCAUCCCACUAUGAAGGAAAAACGCAUGCAAAAAAUCUUAAGCUGACAAUGCAGGGUGGAGUUAGAGAAGGUAGAAUACCUCUUCCUAAGAAGCUCCGUUUAACGACACCUGCUCCAGAAAAAACCACAGGGGCAGUCGAUCGGUCAGACCCUGAAAAGUUUUGUCAACUCUGCAGGGCCACAUUUAACAAUCCUCAUAUGGCACAACAGCAUUAUGCGGGCAAGAAACACAAGAAACAGGAGACCAAGAGCGAGCUUAUGACUAUAUAUACCAGCUAUGGGAAUGCUUUGCCGCAAAGUACACCUCUCAAACCUCUAACGCCAGGCUCUGCUUCAACUGGGAACGGUUUCACCUGUGACAUAUGCAAUAUUGUUGUGAAUUCUAUAGCACAGUAUGAGGCUCACAUCAGUGGUACAAAACACAAGACCAAGUAA